ACCACCACCACCCAGGCCUUUUAUAUUUGCUCUCUUGUCCUUCAAGUGACACUACGCCCGUGACUACUCAGCUGCCCACUCGUACGCCGGUACAGUUAACCAUUCUUACUUGUUGACAGUAAAAAGAAUCAAUCAUGAGCAAAAUUGGAAUCAACGGAUUUGGACGUAUUGGACGUCUCGUCCUGAGGGCUUCCCUCGAGCGCGGAGGACAGGUCGUUGCUAUCAAUGAUCCCUUCAUUGGCCUUGACUACAUGGUCUACUUGUUCAAAUAUGACUCUACCCAUGGCAGAUUCAAGGGUGAGGUCAAGGCUGAAGAUGGAUGCUUAGUUGUCAAUGGAAACAAGAUUCAGGUCUUCUCUGAGAGGGACCCCAAAGCCAUCCCAUGGGGCAAGGCUGGUGCUGAAUACGUCGUGGAAUCCACUGGUGUCUUCACCACCAUUGCGCAGGCCUCUGCUCACUUGGAGGGUGGAGCCAAGAAGGUCAUCAUCUCAGCCCCAUCAGCAGACGCACCCAUGUUCGUCUGCGGUGUUAACCUUGACGCCUACGAUCCAAGCUUCAAAGUUGUCUCCAACGCCUCCUGCACGACCAACUGCCUGGCUCCAUUGGCUAAGGUCAUCCACGAUAACUUCGAGAUCGUUGAGGGUCUCAUGACCACUGUUCACGCAACCACUGCCACUCAGAAGACAGUUGAUGGACCAUCUGGAAAGCUGUGGCGUGAUGGACGUGGUGCAGCCCAAAACAUCAUUCCAGCAUCGACUGGUGCUGCCAAGGCCGUUGGCAAAGUUAUUCCAUCGUUGAAUGGAAAACUCACUGGCAUGGCAUUCCGUGUCCCAGUAGCCAACGUCUCAGUCGUCGAUCUGACCUGUCGUCUUGGCAAGCCAGUCUCCUACGACGCCAUCAAGGCCAAAGUCAAGGAAGCCGCUGAGGGACCACUCAAGGGCAUUCUCGGCUACACCGAGGACGACGUUGUCUCCUCUGAUUUCAUCGGUGACAAUCACUCCAGCAUCUUCGACGCUAAGGCUGGAAUUCCACUCACCGAUUCAUUCGUUAAACUCAUCUCAUGGUAUGACAAUGAGUUCGGCUACUCCAGCCGUGUCAUUGAUCUCAUCAAGUUCAUGCAGACCAAGGAUCAGUAGAAAAAGAGAGACAUUCUUUUAAAUGUUACAAAAUAAUGUUGAGAUGAUUCCUUGUCGAUGCGUAAUAUCAUUUUGGCUAGUGUAGUGUUGUCAGCCAAAACAAACAAUAAAAUUAAUGAAUUUUCUGGAACAUUCAUCAGAACCGAGGACUCGUAUUGUCGCCGAAGUGGAGCCUUGAGAAUGCGUAAAAAUCAACGGGAAAAUUGAUAAUUUUAGAGUCUAGCACCAGAACACGAGGCUAGGGGGGGCUCUGGAGAUCGUUUUUUCUUUCUCUCUUUAUUUCGAUCCUUGAAAUAGAUGUGGAGGUUCAAGUUAUCCAAAUAUACAUAUUGACAACACUUGUAACUAUGUUCAUUGAUUGUAAUGAAAUGAUAUUAAUGUUACACCACUUUUUCAUUCAUUUUAAUUAUCAUCAUUUGAGUACUGACAUUAAUAAAUAAUGUUAUGCCCCAGA